UGCCUCAACGCAGUUGCACUCGAGUCGGGAGGGGUCGAAACACCGAAGGCGCUAUUGAAUUGCCGGUAGAUAGUCGCAGAAUCACCGCGGCUUUUCGCAGUUCAGAGAAGCAAAGGCGGCCGUCUGCUCUCCCUGGAUUGCGUCGUGCGGUUUAGAGCGCAUUACUUAAUCGAUUAAACAUUUUAUUUUUUAUAGAACAAGACCAUCUACACUAAAACAACAACAUGAGUGCAAUUAACGUGAAAAAGCUCAAGGUAAACGAGUUGAAGGACGAGCUGAAAAAGCGCCAGCUCUCCGACAAAGGAUUGAAGGCCGAGCUCAUGGAGCGGCUACAGGCCGCGCUCGAUGCAGAGGCCCAGACUGAAGAAGCAGCAGAAACAAAAGAAAACGCAGCUGAAGGCAAAGAUGUUGCCUGUGAACAAGAACAGAUAGGAGAAGAAGAACCAGAGGGAGAGAGCAUGGAGGCCGAGGAGCAGAAUGGAGACGGUAGUGGUGAUGCCGCUGCAGUGGGCGAUGGUGAGGAGCCUGUUCAAGACGACGAAAUGGGCGAAGAGGAGGACGACGCCGGAGUGGAAAUGGUCAAAGCAAUUGAUGACGAAGAGGAGGACGACGACAUAAUAGACAAAAUCGACGAUGAAGAUGGUGAGCCAGAAUCCCAUGCAGCAGAUGGGGAUGCGGACAAAGACAUCAGUGCUGAUCAGAAGAAUAAGAAGGGUGUUAAGAGACGCCGGGAGGAACAAGGAAGGGGCUACUUUGAAUUUAUUGAAGAAAGCAAAUACAGCCGGGCCAAGUCUCCCCAGCCACCACUGGAGGAAGAGGAUGAAGAGUUUGAUGACACACUGGCCUGCCUGGAUACCUACAAUUGUGACCUGCAUUUCAAAGUGUCCAGGGACCGUUACAGCGCCUCCUCUCUUACCAUGGAAAGUUUCGCUUACCUUUGGGCAGGUGGCCGUGCCUCAUAUGGUGUAAACGAGGGAAAAGCCUGCUUUGAAAUGAAGAUCACUGAGAAAAUCCCAGUCAAGCAUGUAAACAGCAAAAGCAUGGUUGUCCAUGAUGUCCAUAUUGGCUGGUCCCUGGCUAAUGGAAAUCAUUUAUUAGGUGAGGAGGAGCAUUCCUACUCCUAUUCAAGCAAAGGGAAGAAGACUUCAAACUGCGUGACUGAAGACUACGGGGAAAAUUGUGAUGAAAAUGAUGUCAUAGGCUGCUUUAUUAAUUUUGAAGGGGCCGAAGUAGAGAUUUCAUUUUCCAAAAAUGGCAAGGACCUUGGUGUGGCUUUCAAUGUCAGUAAGGAGUCUUUGGCUGGGCAAACUCUCUUCCCCCAUGUGCUUUGCCACAACUGUGCCGUUGAGUUCAAUUUUGGUCAGAGCGAGACACCAUUCUUCCCCCAACCAGAGGGCUUCACCUUCCUGCAGCAAAUCCCUGUGGAUGUGCGCAUCAGAGGACCUAAGGGACCUGAGACCAAGAAAGAUUGUGAGGUUAUUGUCAUGGUCGGUCUCCCUGGAUCUGGAAAGACUGAAUGGGUGAAGAAACACAUUGAAGAGAACCCUGGGAAAUACAGCAUCCUUGGUACCAACACCAUCAUAGAGAAGAUGAUGAUUGACAGCAUGAAGAGGCAAAACAAAGACACAGCAAAGCUCUCUGCCAUCUCCCAGCGUGCUCCUCUGUUCUUGGGCAAGUUCAUUGAAAUUGCUGCCCGCAAAAAGAGAAACUACAUCUUGGAUCAGACAAAUAUCUCUGCGCCAGCUCAGAGAAGAAAGAUGUGUCUUUUCGCUGGCUUUCAGCGCAAAGCUGUGGUGGUCUUCCCCACAGACGAGGCCUACAAGGAGAGAACACAGAAGAAAGUGGAAACAGAUGGCAAAGACAUCCCUGAGCAUGUUGUUCUAAAAAUGAAAGGUAUCUACACAUUACCAGAUGUAGGUGACUGCUUCUCAGAGGUCACCUAUGUGGAACUUCAAAAGGAGGAGGCCACCAAACUCUUGGAGCAAUACAAGGAAGAGAGUAAGAAUGCUUUACCGCCAGAGAAGAAAGCCAACCAGGGCUUGGUAUCCCCCAAAAAGGGUGCUGUACGAGGCAAAGGGCCCAAGAUCCAAUUCAAUCGGGGUGGUGGCUCAGGCCCUCGUGGAGGCAGGGGUGGAUUCCAGAAUCGUGGAAACUUCAGAGGAAUGCCAGCUCCACGUGUUCGUGGUGGUUUUAACCGGCCCCCACGUGGCUUCUUGCCACCACCGCCACCACCACCUGUCUACCGAGGUGGGUUUCGUAGCCAAGGCAACUUCAACAGAGGUGGAGGUGGUGGGAUGCCCAACCGAGGAAUGGCUCCCAGGCGUGGGCACAUGAGGGGCAACAUGGGCAACAGAGGUGGUGCAAUAAGCCGCGGAGGGCCAGGGAACAGAGGUAAUAUGAGCCGCGGUGGGGGACCUAACCACAGAGGAAACUUCCAGCAGAAAUUCCGUGGCAGAGGAGGCCACCAGCAGAACCGUGGUGGUUUUGGCAACAAAAAUGGAAGUUACACCCAAGCCUUUAACCAGAGUUGGCAGCAAGGGUUCUGGAACCAGAAGCCAUGGAACCAACAGUACCACCCAGGAUAUUACUGAGUGGUCAUUUGUAUUAAAGACUGUUGGCCUGUGGCACGCUGAGCUACACAGCCACAGAAUAACAAUCUACUUUUACAAAAAAAAACCUUUUUUUUUUUUAAGGAACUCCACUUUUAAAUAAUAGAAGCAUUUGACAAACAUUCCUUCUCUGAAGUCUACGUUCUCCAUAGAUGUUUGAUGGCUUCACUUCAUCUUAUUUUUGUAAAAUGUAUUUCCUCCCCCAUUUUAUUUAGUCACAGCUUUGGUAUAUUGUUAUAUCAGGAAUCGUUGCAUUCCUGGGAUGCUUUGAAUUUCAGAGUUGUGUGUUUUAUUCUGUAAAAUGUCAUUUUUACUCAGUGUAAAUUAUUAUUAUUAUUUUGCAAGGUUUUUGUGUAAGAAUUGUUGAAGAACCCAACAGAACCUUAAUGCUUUUAGAAGCUUUUGUCAAUAAUCAUAUCCAUAUAUUGCAGCACCUCAGCCCUUUCAUUUUCGCUAAAGGUGUGAUAUUGAGCUCUAUUUACUUUUUACAGAUUAAAUUCAUUUUCUUUUGUUAUUCCAGCAUGUAAUGGUUACAUUUCAUAGGCUUACAAUAAAUGAAUGAUUUGCUUUUCUAUGACUUUUAUGGCUCCUGACAUAUCUUUUAUCUUUAAUGAUCUGUAAUAUUAAAGAUCCAAGGCAUUAAAGAGCCUUUGAAUGUCAGUCAGAUUUGUCUCUUGAUUCAGCCCUACCAGACUGCCCUUUUAAUUGUCUUCCAGUCUUGUUGGGCAUACAGGGGAAACUUUUUAAAUGACUUUUAGUCAAAAUAUUUGGUAACUUUAUAAUAGUUCUCAAAAACAUUUCCAUUAAAGUGCAAGAAUUAACAGAAAAUGCAUUGCAUAGUUUUAAAGCAGUGCUUUUUAACCUUUUUUGGAUGAAAGCUCCCUACUUCAUUCCCUUACCCAAGCCGCUCCACCCCCCAAAUUAUGUGACAUAAUUUUAAAGCGGAGACUUUGUGUUAUCCAAAAAAGAAUAAUAUUUUUUUAGUUUUACAGUUUUAAUAAAUUCUGCAGGAUUCUGCAUCAUGAAUGUGACACUAAACCUUCCGUUUCUCAAAUUUAAGCAGAUGGAGGGCUAUAUAUGUGUCCUAUAAAAUCAAACUUCAAAGACCGAAACUAAUAAGUGAUAUUUUUGUUAUUUAAAAAAUUUGUGAAAAGACCAAUAAUAUUGCAUAUUUUGUCCCACUGAAAUGCUCAUUCUACAGUACGGCUUUGAUUUGGACAGAUGUACAUUUUUUGGUAUCUAUAUCAUCUGUAAAAAGUUAACACCUAAUAUAUGUGGCUAAAUUAUUGUGACAUGACUGAGUUGGAACUCUUUCAUCAGGUUCUUAUUGAUUUAAAUUCAGUCAUCUCUUGGAAUUUCUGAAGGCAAAAAAGAAGUUAUAUUUUCUUAAACCCAAAAAUAUUUUUUGGCCUGUUUUUUCUUUUUUAAGAUAAAGGAUUGACUCAUUUAGUAAUGACGCAUUUCUAUUUCCUCUCUCUAUAUAUAUAUAUAUAUAUAUAUAUAAAGUGUAUUUUGUGUUUGCCAAUAUAUUUUAAAUGUAUUUAGUCUUAGUUUUAACAGUGGUGUGUGUGUAGACCAUGGUAAGUGCAUGGAAGCAUGGAUCUUCACAACCAUGGUUAGAUGUAACAUGAUUUCUAUCAAUUAUCAAUAGUAGGCCUAACCUAAACACAUGUAAAAACAAUAAAUACUAAAUAUAAACAUGAAGUUGUAACAAUGAGUUAUUCUCUCACUGUCCUAAUGUAUAUAUUUCUGCCUAAAGUACAGUUAGUGUUACUAAAGUAAAGUGGUGUUGAUGUAGAAUUCUGUGUCGAAUCCCGCACCUUGCUUCUCACUGAUUCUUGCAGUGUUUUAAUGAUAAACGGUGCGUGUUUAAUAGUUUGAGACCGGUCUUGCUCUGCUCUGUACACUGAGCCGUGUCUAUCUACAGCCAUAUAGGUGCAUUAGCCGUGGUUGUGACUCCACCUGUCUAUUUGACGCUGCUAAACCAGCCAGUUCUGAUGCAUCGCUAGACUUCAGAAUCAGAUGAACUAUGGUACAAAUGCGCACCAACCCGUAUAAUGGAGAACUGAUUUACUCCAAGUCUAGAUAAAUGUUUUUAUGCAAAGAGGAACUUUACUAUUGAUUUGAUUAAAAUGAGAAUCACCCCCCAUUUGUAACCUAGCGCCCCCUCUCUACUAAUUUGCUCUCAGCACCCUUUGCAUCAUUUGAACGUCCUCUGGGAUACAGUACCGGCCCCGUUGAGAACCCCUAUUUUAAAGUAAACAUCUACUCUCUGCAUUAUCUGUUAAACCUAGAGAUGUCACAGUGAGACUUAGAUAUUGAUUGAACUUGUGUGCAGUCCUUAACAUGAAACAAUUACAUUAAGGCUUUGACUCCUAAUUGACAGUCAACUAUUUUGUUUUUGCCUAACAAACUUAUUACUAUCACAAAAUGGAAGGAAUCUCUGAGCAUUGAAUACAUUAUCAAGAUUGCUCCACUAAAAGCUGACCUGUACAGUUAACAUUUCGUAACAUCUAGAUUCAACAAAUCUGGAAAUGUACUGAUGAGAGUGAGGGUUCACUUUAAUCUCUAUUUAACAAUGCAAUUAACCCAAACCUGCAGCACCUCAAUAUAAUAGACCAAUCUUUAGACUAUUUCUAAACUUUGCUCACGAGAUUGAUUUGUCAAACUGCCAUUUAUUAGAAACCUGCCAUUUUUAG